AUGGCGCCGUUGCGCCGCCGCGCGCCCGCGCAGAGCGCCUGCACGGCGGAGGGCGGGCUGCCCGUCGAGCAGCCCGCGAAGCAGGGCAAAGACGGCGAGAAGCGCGGCGACGUGGUCACGGUCUACGAGCACGACUCGGAUGAGGGCGUCUUCGUGGUCGACGACGGCAAGACCGAGGACGUCGUCGAGGAGGAGACCUUCGAGUGUGACGUGUGCGACGACGGGUCCCAACGGCCCUUGUACGUCGGCGGCUGCAGCAACGACGAUGACGAGUGCGACUGCGAGCUGACGGUCGACGAGGAGGACAAGGAUCAGGACAUAGACGACCUGUGCGAGGCGUACACGGCGGCGAGGGACGACAUGGAUGACGUGAUUGAGGCGUACCGCAGGCUGACCGCGAUGCCCAAGGACGAGGUCAUGCCGGAGGAGUCGCCGGAGGAGCAGCCUCCGGCUGCGGCGGAGACGGAGGAGCCGCAGGUGCAGCCGAACCCCGAUGACCGCGAGGGGGGCGCUGAGGUGGCACCACCGGCUGAGGUACCUGCUGCUCCACCGUCCGACGAGAUGGCCGCUGACACGAAGGUGCACCGCCGCCUGGCGGGCAAGAGGGCGGUCUCUCCGGCCGAGGUGCGGCCUCCCAAGGCGCCCAAGGUCGAACCUGAGGGACCGCUGCCAAUCCCUCAGGCGAAGAUGCCCAGGCUGUCGGAGGACGUCUGCAGCGUGCUGCUGGCGAGCGUGGUGUCUGACACCGUGGAGGACGAGAAGGAGCUGCGCGUGCUGUACGUCAACUCCGAGGACCCGGAGGUGCUCGAGGGCAUGGAGUCUGUCAUGGAGAGCCUGCGCGUGCCGGCGCAGCAUUCAUACGAGGGCGUGCCAGGCGGGAGCACCGCGGGCACGGCCCUCCGGGCUCCGGCCGCCGCCGCGCCACACCUCGGAGCCUCGGGGUCCCGCCUCUUCGAGGAGCAGCAAGUCGCCACCCUCCAGGAGCUGCUGGCGCGGCACCUGCGCGCGCAGGGCGCGCCGCGCGCGGCGGCGUGGCUGGCUGGCCGAGGCGCGGCAGGCUUGCCCGCCGCGUCGCAGGCGGGCGAGGUCGCCAGGGAGCGGCUCGCCAUUGGCGCCGCAGAGGAAAAAGAAAGAGUUAAGGAGUACAAGCAGAAGCAGUGGAAGAGAAUAUACCAAUUGGCGGAGCUAAUCAUUUCUCUCAAGGCCGCAGGCAAGUCAGCCGCCAUCGAGACCACGGAGGUCUCUGUUUUGAAGGCAGCCAUAUUGCAGCUUUUGCCUCAGGCCGAGCAGCAGAAGUCAAUCAGUAAGAGAGCAGAGAUAUUGAAGGAUAAGAUACAAAGAGUUGAGAAGCAGCUUGGAGCAUUCACGGUCGACAUCUACAAUUGCAUGUUCGGCCGCAACGAGAAUUCAUUGAAUUUAUUUCAGAUAGGCGAUUUGGCGAGGGUUAGUGCUGUGGCCUCACAGCACCAUGCUGGCAUGGAGAUCGACAGCCCCAACGCGCACGUUGAUCAUACAGUUUCGCAGCCAGCUACGGCAGCAAAUUGUCAAGUUAAGCAUGUCCCUACAUUACCAGAGUUGUUUGAUCAGGUACAGUGGCGGUUACAGCUCUCGUGGGACUACCGUGGUAUGCUAUUGCAUCCGUUUGCUGACUUGGCCCUGCGCAUGCACCCUCCCCGUCCAAGCACGGACCAGGCCACGCAUCACGUUUAUACAGACGCAUCUCUGUACUCCAAGUCUCCCGAGCUGGCGGCGUUCGCGCUGGCCCACGUCACGCAGGACUCCACGGGGUUUGCGUGCCAGGGCUAUGUGGCGGCACGAGCGGCGACAUCUCACUCCUUCGACAACAUGGCCGAGCAGACCCACAGCACCGAGGUUGAACUUUUGGGCGCUGUCUGGGCGGCUAUCUUUUCUCUUCAGUUGCCCUUCGAUGAGCAGGUGUACAUCAUCUGCGACAAUAUGGCGGCGGUCGACAAGGCUUUGAGUCGGGUGCGCUUGGUUUCUGAGUUGGACAAGAUGGCGGCCACUGUUCCCAGAGAUGUGCAGUGUGUGCGUCCGAUAUCAGUGGUGCAGGAACCAGGUCACCAGGACUACCCAUGGAACGAAGCAGUCGACUCGAUAUCCAGGCACUUUACUAAAGAAUCCACUGUGCCACCAGAUCUACCGCAGGUUCCACGUCAAGCACUGAGGUAUACGGUAGAUGCAGAGUGGCAGUUUACAAGGAGCGCAGAGCCCGUGCAAGACAUCUUCGGCUACAGCUCAAAGAUGAUUCUGUGUUACUGGCUGGCAUCCAGCGAGGUCACAGAUGUUUCAGGAAGCAUCGGGCCUACUGAUUCACUAGACUUCAACGGAUUCGAGCUCCAGAAGAUUUCCAAUCAGUACAGCAUGAAGAUCACGAACACGUUCCUCCCUCAUGAGCAUCCUGAAACUUUUCGUGCCAAGUGUGGUACACUACAUCGGCUGGAUUACAUCUUGUUGCAGGGCAGCAUCCAUGCUUGUGUGAAGACCUGCUACGUGAUGACCGACUUGGACCUUGGUGGCAAAUCCCCUGACCAUUGGCCAGUUGUUGUCACCAUUGAGGCUGCAAAAUAUUACACGACACCCGAGGCAGGGAGAAAGAGGCUCGACAGGCAGAAAUUGGCGGAUCCUAUCAGACGGAACAAAUUCCGACAAGCUCUUUUAGAGAUGCCAGUGCCGCCGUGGGCUACGGACAUCAAUCAGCAGGUUGACGACUUCAAUUGCAAAAUCAACCAGCUCACAGCCGAGUUAUUUGCCGAGGACCGUUUCUCUCCGAGGAAGCCCUACAUCAAGACAGGCACUAUGGCGCUUAUCAGGUUACUGCGCUUCAAUGGCAAGCAGGCAAAGCGAUGCGACCACACUCUCCUUCCUCAGCGUUUCAAGCAAGACGGUUCAGUCAUCGCCUCCGAGCUGGAGUGGGCCGAGACCUUGAGGCGACACUUUGCCCAACUUGAGGACGGAUACGAGUGUACUGCAUCGGCUCUGCAAACUGAGUACAAUCAGCUAUCUCUGAACCAUGCUCUCGGUUUCCCGCGGUCUAGCUCUGCGAUUCCGUCUCCGACAUGGCUUGCCACCCGCAUACGGGGGGUUAAAGCCCACCGCGCACCUGGUCAUGAUUUAGUUCAGAAUGCUGUGCCCAAAGCUGCGCCUGAGGCUGUUCUGCCGCAUAUCCUGGCCAUCACAGCUAAGACUGGACUUCUGGUGCAGGAGGCGGUCAUACAUAAAGCAGGGCUGGCAUGCGGACUCCACAAGGGCAAGAGUGACAGGAUGACGGCUGAGAUGUACCGCUCGAUCAUGCUGAACUCGGACGUUAUCAAGCAUCACCAUGCGUUCCUUCGAGCAGCCAUGUCUGAUUGCAUCGAGAUGCUCAUGGUCGACUCGCAGACUGGGGGUAUCAAGGGGCGUUGUGUUGGCAUGGCUUCUCAGAUGGUGCGAGUCUUCAGACAUAUUGCCAAGGCCAGGAAGUUUAUUGCAAUAGUCUUGUUCGUGGAUUUGGUGGCCGCAUUUUACUCACUGUUGCGACAGGCUGGGAUCCCGCUCAAGGGGACCGAGAAGUACAUCAACCAAGUCCUAGACAAUGCCCUUGCGUUGGCGCACCCGCUGCUGGAGGUUGUUCUAGCGGCGCCAGUGUUGGUCGACCCCAGGGUUGACCAACAUCUGGUUGCGCAAGUGAUCGAGGCCCAUCGGCUCACCCACUUCAGGGUGCCAGGGGAUACGCAGUGGAUUGUCUCGCAAAGGAGCUCUCGCGCUGGGAAUCCCCUGGCAGACUUCUUCUUCAAUGCCGUUUACGCCCGACCACUGAGAGGAAUAAGAUUUGAUAUGCAGCAGGCGGGCAUUGCCAUGGACCUCAAAGAUUGUAUUGAUGCUUCCGAACAGGUAUUCUCCCAGGGCCUCACAGUGGAGAGUGACGCGUUCACUGAUUCCACCUUCGUUGAUGACUCAGGCUUCUGUUCCCCAUGCUACGAUCCCACAGCAGUACGUGAUCAAGUAUCGUUGCUCGGCAGGAUCGUGAGGAAGCACAUGCUAGGAUCAGGCUUUCAACUUCAUUUCGGGAAGGGCAAGACGGCCGCGGUCAUCUCCUACAAUGGCGAGGGGUCCCUGCACGCGAAGCGGACCAUGGCCAAGUUCUCAGCCAUUGCGUUAGAUAGCACAUCGAACGAUCGCAUCGUGCUUGAGCAGGCCUACAAGCAUGUAGGUGGUAUCUACCAUGGCGAUGAGAGCACAGGUCAGGAGGUUGCCAGGAGGAAGAACAAGCACUCUACGGCGCUGAGGCCCUUAAGGGCAUCUGUUAUCAAGCCCGAGAUUGCCAUGAAGGACAAGCUCAAGUAUAUCGAUGCGCUGUGCAGCACUCAUUUGUUCUUUCAGGCUGAGACAUGGGACAAGAUUUCGGCCUCUUGCACGACCAAGUUGAACCACGCGCUGCUAUCAGGGUACCGAGUGGGCACCAGGAAACUGCACAGCCUGCUCACUGUUGGUCGUAUCGCAGAUUCAGAAGUAUUGGUAAUCGCUAACAGGAUGGAAUUUUGUGACGUUUUGCGCUUCAGAAGGCUACGCUCUGUGGCUCGGCUGGUGCAUUCAGGAUCUUCUACCUUGCGGCUGCUCUUGGAUGCUACGCUAGGUGUGGCUGGAGUAUUGGUGCACCAGGUUUCCGUGGCUCAUCGUGCGGCGUCGAUCUGGCAGUUGGAGUCGGUGAAGGCGCUCGCUGCUCUCCCAGAGGCCUCCUCAGUUACCUUCGAUGUGGCCGACUUCGGAGGCUUGCGGUCAUCCUUCGGCCAGGCCUUGGCCGUGCACUGCCCGCACCUCUCGGCGGCCAUGCUCCAGCGCGGCUUGGUGGCGAGGCCCGCAGCAGCGCUCGAGGAUAACAACUGGGUCCUUCCUAGGCCCUUCCUCGUGUUGCUGGGCGAGGCCUUUCUGGAGGCGCAGCCUGCGUUGUGUGGUGGGGGUGCUUUGCAGUGGCCGACGGAUCCGUUUCUCGAGGCCAUGCUCUUGCCCCCCGAGCGUUACCCAGAGGUGCCUUCGGACGAGGACCAAGCCUGGGCAAACCCCUUUGAUUUCCUUGUCACCAGAAGGAUCCGCGUCGUCGCAGAUGCCGCCGCGGCCUCGGACUUUGCGGAGUCCAUGCGACAGGUCGCCGCCCGCGCCGGGGGUGCCGCCGCCGCCGCCGUCGCCCUCGACGCGGAGUGGCGCCCGGACGGGGCGGGCGCGGCCCAGAGCGCGCCGGCGCUGCUGCAGGUGGCAUGCCAGGAGGGGCCAGUACAAGUGUGGCUGCUUGACCUGAAGUGGCUCUGCUGUCGAGAGACCCCGCCCAGGAGUGCAGGGCAGCUCUGCGGUCCGAGGUGGACGCGGCCCUGGGCGGCGUGCUGCGCUCCGACGGCGUGCGCGUGCUCGGGUUCGCCUUCCAGGGGGACCUGGACAGGCUCGCUUCGCUGCCAGGCAUGGACUGCUUCCUGCAGGUGCGCCGCGCGGUGGACCUCGCCGACGCCUGCGCCGCGGCGGAAGGCUCCGGAGAGGCCUCCAGGCUCGGGGCCGGGCUGGCGGCGCGGCUGCGAAGCUGGACGGGGUACGCGCUGGACAAGAGCGAGCAGUGCUCCGACUGGGAGCGGCGCCCGCUCUGCGCCUCGCAGGUGGCGUACGCGGCCGCCGACGCGGCCUGCCUGUUCCAGCUGGAGGAGAGGCCAUCGCAGCGCACGCCCCGGGCGCGCUGGCGGAGAGGGAGAUGGCGCCCUCGCGCGGGAGCGGCGACCGCGGCGGGGGCGUGGCAGGCCGAGCAGCGGCCAGCCGCGCGGAGACCGACGGCGAGGGGCCGGAGGAGUGGUCCGCGGCGCUCGGCGUGGUGCAGAGCGCUGUGAGCGCGGCGUGCUCGAGUCGGCAGGGCUCUUGCAGGCUGGUGCGGUCGGAGGAGGCGGCCGCAGUGGCCGACAGCUCGGACCUGAACGCCCUGUGCCUCGUGCUGUUGCCCCAGAGGCCGCGGAACAGCGCCCCGAAGGGCGCCGCCGCGGUGGAGGAGGACGACGAGGCCCUCCUCGUGCUGACCCCGGCCGCCGCGCCGCUGGACAUCAAGUGGCUGGGCAACUGGCUGGGCGUGUCACGCCGCCGGCUCCGCAUGGCCUCCCCGCGCGAGGUCGCCGAGCGCUUCGGCACCCGCCCUGGCCUGGUGCCCCCCGUGCCCCUGAGGCCUGGCGUCCGCGUCCUGGCCCUGCCGGGGCUCCGGGGCGCGGCCGGGGGCCUGCAGGCUUCGGCGGGGCACCCCGGGUGGCGGCUGCUGCUGCAGGAGCCAGGGGCCGCGCUGCCGGCGCUCGCGGGCGCCGCGGCAGGCGCGUUCGAGUGGCUGCCGAGCCCUGCCAGCUGCCUGGGCUCGCUGGACGACGUCGUCUGCCAGCGCGCCCUCCGGAGCGCCCGCUGGCCUGUUGGCGGCGGCCGGGAGGGCCGGCUGGAGCCCUUCAGGGCCACCGUGGAGCACUCGCUCGCGGCGCUGGCGCGCAAGCUCCGGAUGAUGGUGGGCAUCGACUGCGAGGUGGCCGGCGAGCUGCUGCGCACCGGCGCCACGGGGCUGCAGGGCCUGCAGCGCGUGAAGAUCGACGUGUCCCUGCAGGACACCGCCUUUCGCCGCGCGGCCGCGCUGGGCAGGCUGAUCGUGACGCAGGUGGCGCGAACCGCCGAGGCCUUCCCGGGCGUGCACUACCUGCUCCACGCCAAGGACGCGGACGCGCAGUUCUCGGAGCUCCUGGAGGUGUUCAGCCUGCAGGAGGCCCUGAGUUCAGGGGGCUCCCGCUGCGGCAUCUGCAACUCGAACAACUGGUCGACGCUGCGGCCAGGCGACGUGGAGGGCCACGUUCCCCCAGCGGUGUUGGAGGCGGAGUCCGACUUCUACCAGUGCGGGCAGUGCGGGCAGAUCUUCUGGGAGGGGGCGAAGUACAACAACACCAUGGACUCCCUGAAAGCAGCGGCCGCGGCGCCCGGCGCCCCCGCGCGCAGCGGCGCCCGCCGCGGUGGCCCUUCGGAGGCGGGGGCACCGAGCCGCCACCCGCGCCGAAACUGGCCAUGCAGAGGCAGUGGCGGCAAGCGCCGAGGUGCUCCUCGCCCGUGGCGGGGCGACGGCUGCGAGCGGGCUCCGGGCUCCCCG